AAUCUCACUAUAGUUAACGUGACCCGCUACGACAAAGGACCAUUCAGCUGUCAUGUGUACAAUCCUGUCAGUAAUGGCACCAGUGAACCAAUAAACUUCAACGUCAGCUAUGGUCCAGAAAACCUACAUUUGGAAAUAUCUCCGUUACUAGAACACUAUAAGGAGGGGUCCAAUGUCACCUUGACGUGCUUGGCUGUCUCCAGACCUCCUGCACAAUUUACGUUGCUUCUGAACGGAGGCCUGCAGUCUGACACUGGACCGCAGUUCAAUCUGACGACCAUUCAGGAGAGUCAGAGUGGAAACUACAGCUGUCAGGCCUUCAACAGCAAAACUCUGAGAUAUGAAUCAUCUUCGCCUGCAGUCAUCUCUGUACUGAUACCAGUUUCCAAUUUAACGGCAACUGCCAGCAACACAGACUUGGUGGAGUUCAACAGCUCC